AGCAUCGCUGAAGAGAGGGCUGUGCCUUUAAAACACUGAUCAAUGUGGCACUCGUAGGAAUAAUUGAGGACACACAAACAGCCUCACGGUGUAUAUAUUCCAAGGAUGUGAGUGCCAUAUGUGCAUGCUGGUAUAACCCUGGAAUGAAUAAGUGUCAGGAUUACUGUUGUCUGUUUGCCACAGGGCAAGAGAGAAAGAAUACAUUGAUGCUUCCUCUUCUCAGGGUCUGAGAUAAUCUUUUUCUAAAAAAUAACAACAAAGAAAACAAGAAUUCCCUCAGAAUAAGCGCAUAUCCAAGUCAGGAUAGGAUCUGAAAGAGCCAACAGGAUGACAGAGCUGAAAUCGAGGAGAGGAGAGAGCAUGAAGAAGGAGAAGGAAGAGAUGGAGGAAAUGGAAGUGAGAGAAGGAAAUAGUCCUGAUGGAAGCACAAGCAAGAUCGAGCUCAAGCGGAACAUCACCCUUUUCAACGGAGUAGGCAUGAUCAUCGGCACCAUCAUCGGUUCGGGAAUCUUUGUCACGCCCACGGGGGUGCUGAAGCAGGCUGGCUCUGUGGGCUUGUCCCUCAUCAUCUGGGUGGUAUGUGGUGUGUAUUCCACACUGGGGGCCCUGUGUUACGCCGAGCUGGGCACCACCAUCACCAAGUCAGGUGGAGACUACACCUACAUCUUAGAGGUGUAUGGGAGCCUCGCUGCUUUCCUCAAGCUCUGGGUGGAGAUGCUGAUCAUCCGUCCGUCAUCUCAGUACGUGGUGUCUUUGGUUUUUGCCACGUACAUCCUGAAGCCGUUCUAUCCUGAUUGCGGUGUGCCAGACCUGGCUGCCAAACUCAUCGCCUGCCUCUGUCUCACUCUGCUGACAUUCGUGAACUGCAUUAGUGUGAAGGCUGCCACCAAGGUCCAGGAUCUGUUCACUGCAUCAAAGCUUCUUGCCCUUGGAAUUAUCAUCAUCUUUGGCUUCAUACAGAUCGCUGGAGGGGAUGUCCAGUACUUGAAGAAGGACCAGGUGUUCGAAGGCAGCAAGACCGGAGUGGACAACAUUGUCUUGGCCCUGUACAGUGGGCUCUUUGCAUUUGGAGGCUGGAAUUAUUUAAAUUAUGUAACCGAGGAAAUGGUCAACCCCGAAAGGAAUCUGCCGCUGGCCAUUAUAAUAUCAAUGCCAAUUGUGACUAUUGUGUAUGUCCUGACCAACUUGGCAUAUUUCACCACCAUAUCCCCCUAUGAGAUGGUAGAGACUGAGGCAGUGGCUGUGAUUUUUGGUGAAUAUCAUUUGGGGGUGGUGUCUUGGCUCAUUCCAGUCUUUGUGGGCUUGUCGUGUUUUGGGGCGGUCAAUGGCAGCCUCUUUACCUCGGCCAGGCUGUUCUAUGCAGGUGCUCGAGAAGGCCACCUUCCUGCCGCCCUCGGGCUGGUUCACACAGAUCUCUUUACACCUGUUCCUUCUCUCAUCGUAACUUGUUUCUUGUCCAUGUUGUAUGCCUGCUCAAAUGACAUCUUCUCAGUUAUCAACCUCUUCAGCUUCUUCACCUGGUUGUGUGUGGGUAUGGCCAUUGCUGGGAUGCUUUGGCUGCGCUGGAAGAAACCUGAACUGAACAGGCCUGUCAAGAUCAUCAUAGUGGUGCCAUUGGUGUUUGUCCUGGGCUGUGUCUUCAUGAUUGCUGUGUCAUUCUGGGCAGCUCCUUUCGAGUGCCUGAUUGGAAUGGGCAUCAUUCUGACUGGUGUUCCCUUUUAUUUUCUGGGAUACAAGUGGAAGAAGCCUCACGUCAUAGAAAAGGUCAUAGAAAUUUUCACCUUAUUCUGCCAGAAGAUUUUAAUGUCUGUCCCUGAGGAGAAAAGAGAAGCUGACUGAGAAUUCUAAAGCGAGAGAGAGUCGGUGCUGGAGUCUGGAGUUCUGUAUGUUCCCAUUCAUGUUUAAAGUGUUUUUUAAGCCUGUAGACCUCGAGUGUAAAGAUCUCAGCAUUGUUGACUGCAGAGGCACCUUUCAGUGUCUUAACCGGUAUCUUGUUAAUUAACAUACUUCAUUAGAGCUGGGUCCAGUUCAUAAACAUUUUAUUUGAGCAUCAGGCUGUGCCAUGUCUAUCAAGGAUGAUAGCUGAACACUGCUGCUGUACAAAAUGUAACGAGUGAACUGCAAAUACAUUCCCCCAGUUUCUAUUCUGUAACUGCAACAAUAGUGCAUAGUGCAAAUUGCUAUGCACCUUCUUUUAGAGAUGUAGCCUUUUCAAUAUAAUGCUGGUAAAAAUUCCAUUGAUUUUUCACAAUUUCACUGUGGUUUUACCAUAGAUUUGCUGUGGUUUCCUUCACUGUGAUAAAACCAUGGUUAAACUGAAAACACCCAAUAGUAAAUUUAUCAUUAAAGUUCCAAAAAUGAGGUUGGUGAAACUUUUAGAAUCCAUCUCAAAACAAAAUAAGUAGCUCCCUUCAAAGUGCUUUCUUCAGCUAGCCACACAAUCAGAGAAAGUGUUUUUUUCUAACACUUGAUUGCAGAUCUAUUUCUGCAGGAGGAAGCUAAGUAUUGACCUUGCAGUGUUGCUAAAAAAAACAUAUUUAGCCAAUUGGUUGUUCACAUGCACAGUGCAGUGAGUGUUACAUUUUAAAAAGGCUGGAUUAAAAAAAUCACAAAAUCAAAAAAUAUUGUACAGUAUUAUAUUAGCUAUUUGGUGCAAAAGCAUGGAUACCACUUUACCUUCGAGCCUAAACUUGUCAGAUCUUAGAAGCUAAGGAAAGCUGGUCCUUGUCAGUUCAGUUCUCUAAAAUCCAGGUUACUGCUGUAAGUGCUGCUGGUUGACCAGGGUGCUCUUCCCGUUGUACCAGCAUUUCAGUGGUGGUACAAUACAGUGUCCAGGGACAUUGUGUUGUAGGGGGGUAUGGUGCUUCAGGUGAGAUCUGCUGAGGAAGAUCAAACUGAAGUCAUAACUGCUAUUGUAGGUCAUUAAAGAUCCCAUUACAAUUUGAAAGAGUAGCAUUGUUUUGGCUAAAUUCCACUCAGGGGUUGAUCUGCUGUGUAAUGACGCUGCCCACAAUGGUAGUUUCACUUCAAUGAUAGAUGAAGUAUUUACAGAUAUAUACAGCAGGUCCACAAAUUUCUAACCAAGCUUUGCAACAUAUAACCUUCAUUUGCAUUUAUAUGUUAACAGCAAAAGGAGAGAGGGAAAAGGAUAAGGAAGCAGAUUUCAGCUGGAUUUACAGUGGUAUUGCAAACAUAGCCAAUACAAUUUUGAUGUGUGGAAUCAGAACAAAUUUUAAACAACGCUAUACAAUGAUAAAAUAAAUGAAACAUUUCCUUGCACUUUUAUCUAAGUGUGAUAACCUUACUCUAGUAACACUGUGUAUUUUGUGACACAACAUCUCCUGUUUAAAAUUUCACCACUCAGCUGAAAUAGAAAAUCUGUCUUUGAAUAUGGAUCCAACCUACCUUGUCCCUACUAAAAAAACAAAUCUCAAAAAUGUAUCUCCCUGCUGUGUCCUGCAGCUGUUAAUGAAUGUUACUCUUAGAGAGGGAAGCAUUUAGCAUAUGUAAAGUAUUACAUAAAAUUUAGCAUUUAGCAUUUACCAGCCAUCACCCUCUCCUUCAGUAAACUAGACAGUGGAUACAAUUAUUUAUAUUAGUGCUCUUACAAUCCAUUUUUUAAACUUUCAAAAGUAAGAGUUUUUUGGUCAUUUUUUUACUAAAAGAUCGUACAUUUUCAACAUUUUGUAACUAUUCUAUGGUUAAGUCCCUAAAAUAUAUCCAUGGCAGCAUCUCUACAAAUUAGCUUUAGAGCAAACUGUUUCUUAAAAGCUGUUAAAAAGAGCAAAGAAGCAAUAGAAGCACUGUAUAUAAAUUAUUUUAAAAAUAUAUUUUUUGUGAAUAUGAAUCCUGUGGCAACUAGUGUCUGUCAUAAAGUUUAACCAGUUAUUAUAUUAAUAAGUGUUACAGACGUCCUGACCUUGAUUUAAAGCCACUAUUACAGAACUAUUAAAAUAGGAAUGUUUCUUUGAGGAGCCUUUACUGAUUUCAGAUUAUGACCAAUUUUGUCUAUUUGUAAGUGCAAAUGUUAUUUACUUUUAUUUUAGCCAAGGCUUGUGUUGUACAUUCUGUAAAUCGACUAAAGUACAAAGUUGUGCAUUUGUCCACUUGAUGUCUGUGGGUGUGACAGGCAUUAAAAACUUUCUGGUCUAAAAGUUA